ACGGGCCUUUCAUUCCUGUUGGAUGACGGGACGCGAAAAUCCCACUCCAUCGCGGAAAACACAGCUUUCGUCUCGGGAUUCUUCAAGGGCCUUAGUACUCGCGAUUCCUACCGUACUUUGGUCACUAGCUUGUACUACGUGUAUAAUACCAUGGAAACCGCGUUCGAUACGGUUGAGGACGUCAGCGUGCAAACCUUGGACGAUGAUGAGCUACGUCGGCUCGCGAGCCUCGAACGGGACAUGGAAUACUUUUACGGUUUGUCUUGGAGGGAUAGUCUACCUUCACCGUCGCUCGCAACGCAAGCAUACGUUGCCCGUAUUCAGCAAGUUGCUCAGAACAAACCUUACAACCUGAUUGGACAUCAGUAUUCGCGAUACUUAGGCGACUUGUUUGGUGGUCAAAUGAUGAAGGGCAUGGCAACUCGGAGCCUAAAUCUGGAGGACGGCCAGGGUGUUUCGUUCUACGAAUUUGACAAAAUUGAUGACACGAAGGAAUUCAUAACCGAUUGGUACACUAGGUUGAACGCUUUGGACCUAACUGAUGCGCAAAAGAAAGAGAUUGUAGACGAAGCAAACUACGUUUUUGGUCUUAACAUUGCCAUUUUUGAAGAGUUGGAAGGCUCACCUUUUAAGGCCAUG